ACAAGAAUCAUCAGUAAGAGUUACUUGGAAUUAAAGAGAAGAGUGAUUACGAGAUGGCUUCAGCUCAAGUUCAACUCCCACACAACCUCCAUGCCAUUCUUAAAGAAGGAGACUCCCAGAUUGACGCCUCCUGCGACAAUCUGAUUGAACAGCUCCAGGGUGGAAUCUUCUUGAACCAAAACAAACUGAAGUUUUGGGUUGACAGGCUUUUAUGUGCCAACGCCUUCGACAUUCAUGCAAGGGGUCUCUCAAUCACUUGGGGAGAUGACAAACGUUACUGGAAUUGGACUUACAAGCCAGACACACAACGUUGUGUUCAAGUGGAGGUGGCUGAACUAUUGAAUGUCUGUUGGCUUGACGUAAGCAAGAAAUUCCCUGCCAAAAACCUUACUCCAGGGAUAGUUUACCAAGUUUCGUUUGUUUUAAUGAUGAAGAAUGGAGAAUGUGGAUUUGCAAAUCAUCCGGUGAACUUGAAACUCGUCAUCCCCAAUUACCAUGAGACAAUUGAACGCAAAGAAGAUUUGAGUAAGUUGCCCAAGAACAAAUGGUCAGAGGUCCGAAUUGGUGAGUUCCUUACAUCUUGCAAUAUGACUGGGGAUAUGGAAAUCUCGAUGUUUGAACACGAAUCCCAAUGGAAGAGUGGGCUGGUUGUCGAUAAGAUCGUCAUUCGCCCAGUGCGCCGGAACUAA